CGUCUGAAGAAACUACUCACAGAGCGAAAGGAAAAAGAAAGUGAGCUGCGAAGAAAAAAUUAACGCACAAGAGCGUCAGAAAAAAUUUCGAAGUGAACAAAAAAAGUCUAUCCAAAACUUGAUCGAACAUGUUCCAAUGGCAAAGGACUUUUUACACGUUCACUCAAAUAUUGGUAGACCACCAAUCGAAGAAACUCAACCCGAUUUAUUGAGGACGAUUGUCGAAAUAUCUUUACACGGAUCUGCCGCUGAAGGAAAGCGUCAGGAUGAAAGCAUUCGAAGUGUAAAAACGCUUUCGGAGCUUCAUGAAGCGCUUUUACAAAAGGGGUUUCAAAUCAGCCGUUCAUCUACCUAUUUAAGGUUACUACCACGUCGAUCAAACACAGAGGAAGGAAAACGACAUCUAUCAACGGUACCGGUAAAACUUCUUCGAGCUACAAACGACCAACAUUCAAAGCAUCAAGAUGGCGAGUUCUGUACGGCAACUAUCAACAUGUUGGAAGAGCUGUCGUCUUUGCUUGGCCCGAAUGAGGUGGCAUUUGUUAGCCAAGACGACAAAGCGCGAAUUGCUAUUGGCAUAACAGCUGCUAACAAGCAAUCGCCUCUUUUGAUGCACAUGGAAUACCGGGUCAAGCUUCCUGAUCAUGAUUGGGUGGUAGCAAAUCGCCACAAGUUGAUACCAUCCGUCUAUGCUGGUAUCGUUAUCAAACCUAAUGGAAUGGGACAACGGAAUGCCGUAGGAUACAGCGGUCCAACGUAUGUGGCUAUCCGCUCAGGAAAACACUCGUCAUCAACAGCUUACUCACAUGGCCUUGAUUACGAGAAACUUCUAGAAUUACAAGAGUUUGCUGAUGUUAUGCUUUAUCAGGGCAACGUAAAGCCAGUCCAUGUGGUGUUGUUGACGGAGGACCCGAUGAAAAUCCACGCUACAGAAAAGUUAUCGAUGUCGCAGUUCACCAUUUUCGUAAAUAUCGACUGGAUGCUCUCUUCAUAGCAACCAACGCACCAGGUAGAAGUGCAUUUAAUCGCGUCGAAAGAAGAAUGGCUCCCUUGUCUCGAGAACUUUCUGGGUUGAUCCUUCCAUAUGACCAUUACGGAUCGCAUUUGGAUGACAGACAGCGUACCAUUGACACAGAACUUGAGAAACGAAACUUUGCAUUUGCUGGUCAAACGUUGGCUGAUGUAUGGAAUGAAAUGACAUUUGAUGGGUAUCCCGUAAUAACCGAAUAUAUCGAUCCGGCUACGUCAGAACUAGAUGCUGAUUCGAUUACUCGCUGUGAUGCUCAGUGGUUUUCCGAACAUGUUCGAUCUUCGCAUUAUUUUCUGCAGAUAGUGAAAUGUUCGAACCGCGAAUGUUGCGGUGAAAUCAGAAGCAGCUAUUUUGAUGUUAUUCCAUCACAGUUUUUGCCAGCUCCGAUUCGGAUUAAGCAAACCGAAGAUGGCUUAAAAGCUGUGAGGCACGAUUUGAUUGAAACUGGUUUGUAUCCGUCUCUUUUUCUUCGAAAUUCUUUGAAAAUUGCAAAGAUUUUGCCGAAGUCUCAUAAUGCUUAUAAGGAAAUUCCUUAUGAUCUCUUCUGCCCUUCCUUACAAAAAGCAUUGCAAAGCCGAGUGUGCAAAACAUGUGGAAUAUAUUUUGCAUCACAAGUUAUGCUUCUUGAGCAUAGUAAAGCACAUAAGGUAGACCUAUCAUUUAAAAAGCGAAGGGCAACUCGUAAGAAGGCAAUCGAUAAGCGUGGAAAGGAAGUGCUGAUAAUUGAGAACCAAGAAGCAAUCUGGACAGAUGAAGACUCUGAUACUGACGAUUCUGGAAAUGUUGCAGUGGAUAGUUCAAUUCCGGUCAUAACAAUUGAUGAGCACGUGAAACCUGUAUGGGAAGAAUCAUAAAACCAUGAAU